AUGGACAACGACAGAGUCAAGCGACGGAAGGUGGAGAGUGAGAGCGACAAUGGCCGGACACAACUAACAGCCAUCACGGCGCUUCCCGACGAGGAAAACACUGGAUCUGUGCACCUCAAAGACCUCAUUGGAUCACCCCAUCUCGAGGCCAUGUGGCAAUUCAACUUCAUGAUUGAUCUGGCAUUUGUACUCGAUAAUAUUCACAAGAAUGCCAUGUCAAACAUCAAGUGUCGGUUUGUGAUGGGCGACUUUAGUGGCGAGAAGAUCGCAGCCUUCAGAGCACAGGCCAAGAGUCUCCCGAUAGCCGACAACAUUGAAGUAGGAAGAGCCAAGCUGUCGAAUCUGUUUGCAACCCAUCACACAAAAAUGAUGGUGCUGUUUUUUAAAGAGGACAAGGGAGAACGAUCGGCCCAGGUUGUCAUCCAUACCGCCAAUAUGAUUCAUCAUGACUGGGAUAACAUGACUCAGGGAGUGUGGAAGAGCCAGAAAGUGAAGGAGAAGAGAAAGACGAAUACGGAGGGCUCCACAAGCACGUUUGAGACUGAUCUCGUUGCAUACCUGUCUGAAUACCAACUAGAUACCACUUCCAAGUUGAUUAAGUUUCUGCAACGGUUUGAUUGGAGCUCCGAAACAGCUCGAGUGGUGGGAUCUGUUCCUGGAACUCAUAAGGACAAGAAGUGGGGACUCACACGGGUUGCAGACUUGCUGGACGAGCACAAGGAGGAUCACAAGAGUGACUAUGAGGGCUCAGAAAGUGACACGAUUGUUCUACAGAGUUCUUCUAUUGGUUCUCUUGGAGUCACAGACAAGUGGAUCACUCCUCAAUUGGUAGGAGCUUUGGAUGGAAGAUCACCAAGAGACCGAGAUGGACAUGGACUACCAGCUUCUCAAAUUGUGUGGCCUACGGUUGAGAAUGUACGUCGGUCGUUUGAUGGAUACGAUCUGGGUAUGUCUAUUCAUUUCAAGAACGAAUCCGACACCCAUAGGAAACAGUAUGCGUAUAUGAAGGAGCGGAUGAACGUGUGGAAGGCCGACAACAAGCACAGAACCCGAGCCAUGCCUCACAUCAAGACGUAUACGCGUUUCACACGAGCUGGCAAGCUUCGAUGGGUGCUUUUGACCUCGGCUAAUAUCUCCAAGUACGCCUGGGGGUCAGUUUCUGCAGCUAAAGAGUCCAAGUUUAGCAUUCCGUCGUGGGAGCUGGGAGUUUUGCUGUUCCCCCAGGCGGUUGGGAAGGCUGUUUUCGAUCUCAAAGACUCAGUUAUUCCUUACGACUGGCCCUUGACCAAUUACAGUGCCAAAGACGAGCCGUGGACCAAGAAUGCCGAUCAUCUGGAGAAGGACACCAAUGGGUUUCCGUGGGUAGUCACUUUGGAUGGGAAGAAGAAGCUGAUGAGGAGUCAUGAAGCAUUGUAG